UUUUCCGCCAAGAUGGUUGUCGGUGCCUUUCCAAUUGCAAAGAUGCUCUAUCUGGGCGUACGACAAUUGAGCAAACCAGUGGCUAAUAGAAUAAAAGCAGGCGCGCGGAGAAGUGAAUUCUUUAAGAAUUAUAUUUGCCUUCCUCCGGCCCAAGCAUAUCACUGGAUCGAGAUGAGAACAAAGAUGAAAAUUAUGGGUUUCCGUGGCUCCGUCAUCAAACCUCUGAAUGAAGAGGCAGCUGCAGAGCUUGGAGCAGAGUUGCUCGGUGAGGCUAUCAUUUUCAUCAUCGGCGGAGGUUGCAUGGUGCUUGAGUACAGCCGCCAGGCCACCAACUCCAGACGCAAAGAAGAGGAGCUUGCACAAAACAUUAACAAUCUUCAGACACAACUAGGAGAGCUUGCGCUAGCCACAGAGACACUGGAUGCCCAGAUUAGAGAGGUUAAUAGACUUCUGUUGUCCCUCCCAGUGGCUCCAAGUACCAAGUAACAAUGUGCAUCACUAAAAUACGCCCUUUCUUUGAAGGGCAAAGAGACUGAUUUAUGAGAGCAUAUCAGUAGGGGUGCAGCACUGCCAUAUAUAUACACACACACACAAAGUCUUGGUUAAGCCGUCCCACACACACACACACACACACACACACACACACACAAGGAAACACCCAGGCUAUAUAAACGAGGAAGGAACAGAGAGUUUGUGUGUGAUUAAGUGACUGGCCACCAGUAUAACACAAUUAAAGCUUCCUAUUCGUUAUUU